UUUUUAUUUCAGCAUUUGAUUAUAUGUAAAAUUAUAUAUAAUUUUGCAUUUGUUAUAUUGAGCACUUAACGAACGGCGCCCUGCACUCUGAUUCAACUGCAUUUACCUGGAACUACUCUUAUAAUAAACAUAUAUCGCAUAUUCGUCGAAAGCUGAUCUGAUCCUGAUCCAUCGUCAACCCAGCUUAAUAUGUAAAUCAUGCGCAAGCGCACUACGCCUGACAAUAUCAAGCAGACCGAGUGCAUCCAUGUCUUUUCCUUCCGCGCAUCAGAUAACUAUUUUUACCGGAUAAAACGCAUCUCGAAAAUGACGCCGGUCGAUUAAAACGCGCUGUACGAAUGGCGCAAUCGCGUUCAUCGACGCAGUUUGCUACAAUUAUUUUAUCGCAUCCGCAGUGCAUCGCAUUAUAUUUACGCAAAUCGCAACGAUUGACGGAAUGUCAAUGAACGUACUUAAAAUUUCGCCGGUUCGAGGCUUCGUGGAGUACCUGUACGACUGGCACUUUCCCGUGAAUUGCGUCGAUUCUGUACGCUGACUCAUAUUUUAUUAAUACAACAUCUAUACUGUGCUGCAACUGUAUUGUAUCAAGCAUACACUCGCAAACAUCGACUUGAAUGCUCCAUUAUGACGCUUAUAUGUAACUGUCAACGAAGCAAAAGCAUUCCAACGAAAACCAAAGCAUAGCUAUAAUGCUUGUUAUGUUACAUAAGCAAUAAAAUCAAGAUACAGAUAUGGUUCGAGUAAUAACAGUUCAUAAUUUCCUGGGGCAGAAUGUCAGCCAGAUCGAGGAGCCUGUGGCAACAUGUACAGCCACUAGCCAGGGUCGAGAGAUGCUACUACUGGCACUGUCCACACACUGCGUGGAGGUGUGGGAUCUAAUGAAUUCGGAUGUCAAACUGCGCACUGUCUUCCCCACAGUGGAUAUGAUCAAUCAAAUGGUACAUUGCAUCAAGGGAGAUUACGUCGUGACACUGGAAUCAAAAUAUCUCAGAGACACUACGAGCAAUAAUCAUGCGAAUAGAGUCAGUUCUAAUUUUGUAAGGAUUUAUGUAAAUUGGGCUAUGGUGAAGGACCAGAGUCAACCGAUGCGGGCCAGAAUUGCCGGGCGUGUUACACCCAGUUUAAAUCGACCCCUGAACAGCUUAGAAAUGAUAGAAUUACCUCUGAGCAUACAACCCACCUUAAUCGCUUGCUGUCAGAGCACUGGAAACUUAUUGGUAGCCUCGGGAAACAGUGCCAUUCUACACGAAUUCAAGGUCGAAACGCAACAAGUAUCGAAGAUGAAGUUUAUAGACUUUGAACCUAGACCAUGGUCCUUAGGAUUUACAUUUACACCUACGCACAUAGAAAUCGUGGAGGAUUUUAUAGCAAUCAUGGAUAGCACAAAUUUAUCUGUUUUUCGUCUCACUAAUUCAAUGUAUGAGGAUAUUGACCAACUUAGCUCUUUAACUUCUACAAAUUCUUCUUCUGUUGAUAAGACAUCCAUAUCCACAGAUUCAUCUCUCGUAGAAAAUAGCAAUAGCCUUGGAAAUGAUGAUGUGCAAGGGGUAAAUACAAAGCACAAAACUGUAGAACAAGAUUGCCAAUACAUGACAUCUGAAAAUAAUGAGACAGUGGUAAUUCAUGGAAAAUCUAAAGAUAAAAAACACAAAGGUGUGAAAGGAAAUACAUGGUGUAAGUUAGAAAUAGGCGAUUUUCAUAGAGGAAAGCUAAGUAGUAAUAAGAAUUAUAUAGACUGGGAAUAUUUGAUAUGCAAUGAGAAAGAUGAGAUGCAAAGACUAAUUACACAAGGAAUUAUUGAUCCCGCUUCUCAAUCAUUGACAGUGAGUCUGCCAUCGAUAAGUUUGGAAAGAGCUAGUCCGGGUCACACUCUAAGCCCUUUUGUACUAAAUUCAGCAGACAUAAGAAUCUUCAUCAAAACAACCUCGCCGGACGAAGGCUGGUCUGAAAAUUAUACGAUAAAGAAUUUAUUAUGUUUAAAAAUUAACACUGGUAACAGUAAUACCAAGAUGGAUGGAAUUAUGGAGGUUUUCAAGUGUUUAGUAUUGAAACCAUUGUACAUGAAGAAAGAAUGUAACAUCAUUGGUGUGAAAAAGUCUAUGUUGAGAUCUGACAGAUAUAGAUACUUACAAGGUAUAAGUUGCUUUGUUUGUACCACGCAGGAAGGAUAUCUCUAUCAUUUUUCAGCGGCAAACAAUAGUUCUUUAGAUGCGACGUGUCUGACUACUUAUCCGUUCACUGCACCUAUUCAUCACGUGGCAUUGGAACACACGAUACUUCAUGCAUUGACUGAGGCCGGUCUCGAAUCUUAUACAUUACGUCUUUCUCAUCAUAUUGCAAAACUGUCAAACUGUAUAGACAGCGUUAGAGCAACUUGCCCCAGUGUUACCGAACCGGUAAGUCUAAUCGGUUUGAAACCGUUCCUGGGAAUACAAAAACUAUUGUACACAAGAAACUAUAUAGUUCUGCUGGCUAAGGCUGAUAGUUCUUGGACCAUGUAUUCUUUGAAUUUACCUAAGCUCGAGAACGUAUAUUUCGAUAUUUUAAAUGCAGCAAAGAAUCAUAAAUCCUCUAGUCCGAGCACUUAUCGACAUAUGCUGGGAGAAGCGCAUGCCUUAAUACGCUUGGCGAAGGAUGUGUCUUAUAAAAGUCCGGACAACGAGGAAUUUGACGAUGCGACGCAUAAGAACGAUCUCAAGUUGAAAAACCUCUACAAUCAAUCUUGCGCGCUGCUCGCCGAUUACUACAUAAGAUCAGAUAUCGAAUCGGAUUGGGAGUUGUGUAUUCCAUACUACAAGAUGUCCGGAUUGAAGCCUUCGGAAGUGUUGUCCAGAAAAUGCAGUCAAGACGCACCGGGACUUCUAACGUUCUUGACGGAUGCGCUUCUCACCAUGAAGAGUGGCUCAGAAGCAGACGCGCUGUUUCAAGGAUAUAACAUCAUAGAGAUCAUUUGCAAGCUGGAGAAAGAAGAUCUGUUAAAGCUGAUCUUCGGCAGUCCAGUACUGAGAGAGUAUGCCACUGAAAAGUUGAUAAAUCUUCUGCUAACGCACGAGACCGAUGACACCGUCAAACUCGCCUUAGCACUUUUGUACAUUCAAGCCGACAAGCAGGAACAAGCGGAGAAAGCGCUAGAACCAGUUUCCAUGCAAUGUAUUAAGCAGAUUGUUAUGGAACGUUGGGAAUUGCUGUUUGAUGUAACAGCGAUGAAAAAAAGAAGUCCUAUGAUACCUACCUUCUCAGACUUCGCCGGAACCUUGAUGUUUAUAAAAAACACUACGUUUGCGGAGAUCCUGAUACAAUUAAUAGAAGAUGAAGGUACGCUGUCGCUGCACCAAAUCAUACAGGUGUUCCUAGAAUAUUUGCCAUCACGGGUCGGAAGAGAUGGAUACAACGUAGCCGCUACGUUACAAAUCUUUCUCGAGAAAUAUCUGCAUAAUUAUCUCAGCUCGAAAUCCAUGACGGAGUGGCCACCGAUCGUGAACAAAAAUCAAAUACGCUCGGACUUCGCUCUCGUUGAAGCAUUCAAAUUGUUAGUGCGAUCGUACCUCGGCAAGUUAACUCAAACAAGAGUGUAUAAAACUGAAACAAAAGAAAAUCAGGAGGAAAAUGACAAGGAGUAUUUCAUGUUUGCUAAAUAUCGACCGAAUUAUUUGAGCAAAAUGCCACCGUACGCCAAAGAUUACCAAAAAAUGUUAAAUAUGAAUGACUUUAAGGAUUUAGCGAAUUUUAAUAAUGAAACUGAAAAAAUUAUACCUACAGAAUUGUUUAAGUUGCAGUCCGUAUUGUCGUGCGAAUUUCUGCCGGUCGAAUGUUCGCAUGAGGUCAAGCAAUUUCUCGAUUCGCAAAACAUCGAUGGAAGCUUAUCUCUCAAGACGUUAUGCAUCCAGAAUACGGAGGAAGUAACAACGAUUCUUAUGGAUAAUUGCCCACAGGCUGUAGUACAGUAUGCAAAGGAUAAGUAUACAAAGGAUACCGAAUGGAAGUAUCUCAUUGAAUUAACGCGGGAUAAAAUAGUCGCCUCGACGACACAACAGGAAUUGCAACUCUUGUACACGCAAAUGAUGAAAGAGAUCCUGAAUUAUCUGCCGCAUGCAUUGCCUAUGAAGAGUCUGCAUCGCAUCUUGCCAAGAGAUGACAUGGCAGCAUUUCAAAGAUGCACCGAAAUGUGCAAUCAAAUUAUGCACGCGGAUCAUGUGAAAUCAUUGAUAAUGGAAACCGGACAACAACUUUUGACGACUCUAAAGUUGUGAAGAUAGGUUUCCAUUGAAUAUCAUUCAUUAGCUAAUUUUUAGACGAAGAAAUGAUAAUUCAGGAAUUACGAAUAUAAAUUCCAAUAUCACGUUUUACUAUCAACGUUGCGAAAGAAUUUCGCGCACUUGUAUUCGCAGAUUAACCAUUUCUACAAACAUUUCAGACAUAUGUUCCUGAUCAAUGCAGUCACAUAAGCCGAUGUUCGUUAGAUAAUAGUUGUGUUGCACGCAUUUUUAACGAUAGAUAACUUUCAUCAAUUAUAAAAGAAAUUCUGAGACAAAUACUAUAGGAAGAAUUUAAUCUAUAAUUAACUUGUUGAAUUGUUCUAUAUAGAUAUAUUAUAUUAUGACACUAAAAAUGUAAAAUCUGUCACAGAGCAAAUGUCAUACAAUAACUUAAACACAAAAAAGUUUAUAUAAAAUGACAUACGGCACUUCCCAUAUAUAGAAGCUAGAAACGCAACAUCACUUUUACACAAAUAUUUGCAAUUAAUUACAUUUAGAAGUUACACAAAUCUUUAAAUGCUACACAAAAAUAUACCAAGAUUUACUAUCAGAUAUUAAAAUGCGCUCUGGAACAGAAGAUAUGUUUUUAGUGAAGUGAAUUUUACUAAAAUAGUUUUUAUCAAAUCUGUUGAUCUCUCGUAUCGAGUAGUUUUAUGUAACCGAUUUUUAAGUGUUACAAAACGUGUAACUUUGAUGUGCCUUUAGGAAUGAUUUCUCUUUAUUGUAAAUCUAAUUAUGUUAAAAUUGAUCAAUAAUAUUUAUAAUUCAUUAUAAGAUUAAUACAUACAUAAUAUCCAACA